AUAAAUAAUAAUUUUCAUCCAAUGAAAACUCUCCAAACCAAAGAGUGAUCCAGUCAAAACAGGUGAUUGUGUAUUCCCCACACCAAUGUAUGUAGAUUUAGUUCAGUGUGAACACUUAGACUGUUAACCGAUCUCAGCUGUUCAGGCAAUUCUGGGACGGAUCAUCGACACUGAAAACAUUUAUUUGUCAAGGGAAAGAAGACACAGAUAUGUGGUUGUGAAGAUCUUGUGAUGUGAGCAUUGCAUCUGUUGCCAUGGGAGCAGAGGAGAGCAAGGGAGGUAACUAUGGUCUGAUGGGGCCGAGUGCGGUAGUGGCUAACAUGAACCGCCAGGCACAGGCUGCCCGGCCAUGGUCACUGCUCCACAUGUGCUCACUUGACCAGUGGAAAUCUGGACAUGCAGAGGCAGCUGGGUUCACAGAAACAACGAUGACGUGCAAUGGUGUGAUGUUCAAAGACUGUAGCCCUACAUUCUGUAUAGGGCGACAAGGCAUCAUUAACAUCAACAAAACGAGUUCUGUCUUCAGCUUCAGACGGAAAAACAAGUUCACCAAGAUGGCAGAGCACUUUGAAUACAAUCAUAUCCCAGCUCAUCUGUCGUCAAUUCAGAACUUUCAUGUGAAGAGUGUGGUCUGUUACCAUGACACCACAGUCGUACUUCACCUGGUGCGGAAUAUGAUGACCCAGUUCGGUGUUAUAGACCUAGGUAUCAACAAAUUUCUGGGUAUAUUCGGUAAAAAGACUGCUGAGUUUGUAAACGAGGCUGUACGAGGCCAGAUCAGCCCUGACGGCUCCCUUUGCCUCAUCAAGAUACCCAAGCUAAGUGACAAUAACAGUGCCUUUGUCUUCCAGCUUUACUGCCUCAAGACAAGAGAGCUAGUACGUGAGCUUGCCCUCCCCUUUCAUCACAGUCUAUUCGCCUUUGAUCCCCGUUUCACCUCUAGUCGCAUCGCAGCUACCAGCUUCGUUGCUGGGGAGGACAACAGCUUGAGUCUGAUUCAAACAGACUCUUGGGAGGUGAUCAGCACCAACACACGUGUUGAUGACAUGCGACCAAGUCUACAUCCUACGCUUAAAGACCUCUUUUACUCAAAAGAUGGCUAUCUCAUCUUUGCUGUCAUGGUAACUGCUGGCUGUCACUGCAGGGAGAAGAAACUACGUCGACAUCUACCCAUCGAAAUUAGUAUCUAUAUCUUCAACGCAGAUACAGCGCAAACUCUACACUGUGUACAGUACAACCGGUAUACAUGUGGCCAACAUUCAUGCCCAACUAACUUCAUGCCACUAUUCUCCAACUGUGGCAGUCGCAUGGCCAUUGUCCUCAAUGAUAUGGAAACUCCUGUUGACCACCUGCAAAUCUACAAAUUGCCAACUGCUGGGAGUUUGCAGAACCGCAGUCGAAUCCGUAUCCUGCAGACAUUUGCCCCAGAGUUCCUCCCUAAACUGCCCCUCCCUGCACGGCUGGUCCAGUACCUACAGUUUCAACCAGAAUUUGCCUAAUCCCCAAUGCUGUAACUGUUUAGACACAGAGCUGUCUUUCAUGUCAGUUCUUAUGUAGAUCUGAUCCUCACCCUGAUCACUUUUGGAAAUAGCUAUUAUUUGUGUGGUGGUAGUUGAUACCUCAGGAAAAACCCCAGUGUUAUCCUAGUCUGCUUGAAUACCUGUAAACACUAUUCAGAUUUUCUUGUUGUUUUUGGUCUGCAAUAUUUUGGAGAUAGAGAAGAAUUGUGCUUGCUACAAUAAUUAUUAACACUGGAAAGCAUCUCUAAUUGUAGUCCUCAUACAAAAAAAACUCAAAAAUGUAAGUGUUUGAUCCAUACGGAGCCUGCUGCAUCUGGAACCCCAGGAACACCUGAUAAGAAAAUACUUCAGAUUCCUACACUUCUAAUUAAGUGCUUGUAGGUUAACAGGUACUGUGCAGCUCCUUCAUUCUACAAACUUUUCACAGCUGCUGCAAUAUGUUACAUACUGUGUCAAUAUACCUAGAGGGUGUGUAUGUUACUAGGCAUGCCAAUAUGCCAGGUAGUACGUCAGUAUACUACAUAGUGUAUCAAUUUGAUAUUUUGUCUGUAAAUCACAAAAUAUGUCAAUAUAUUGUGCUAUAUUACAGUGUGGAUCAAUAUAUUACAUAUAGUGAGUUAAUAUAUUAAAUGAUGUGAUGAUGCAUUACUUGGUGUGUUGAUAUAUUACAUGGUGUGUUGAUAUAUUACAUGAUGUGUUGAUACACUAAAUGGUGAUAUAUAACAUUAUGUGUUAAUAUAUAACAUGGUGUGUCAAUAUAUUAAAUGAUGUGUUGAUACACUAAAUGGUGAUAUACAUGUAUUACAAAGUUUCUUGAUAUAUAUUACAUGGUAAUAUAUAUAA